CUUUUCUUCUCCGGUCACUCGUUCGUCGCAGGAAGGGUUUUGUGAAGAUCUCCAAUCGUCGUCUUCCUCUUCAUUCCCUGCAAUUUCACAGCAUUCAAUCGACCUUCAUCGGAGCAUCAGCAUUUUCACACUAAUUCGCGGCGCCAUCCUUCCUUCUUCUUCCACUCGGAGUAUACGGAUUUCAUCGCGUCGGGAGAGUUGACCACGGACGGUGAAAUCCGAGGACCUGCGGGUCAAAAAAUUUUCAGUUCAUCUCUUUAUAAAUAAAUUAGCCUCCAUAAGCUUCAAUUCACACUUCAUUUCCCUCUAAAUUAAUUAUGGCUUCCCCCACGCCGGAACGUCCUCCGUUCGCCAACUCCUGCACCGUGCCCAAUAGCCUACCCACCGGCCUCCUCCGGUCCGUUAAAGUUCUGGUCGUUCUCUGCGCAAAAAAAGCCGCCCAUAUCACCAAGAAGCUUAAGUGGAAGCCGAGCCCGGGGGCGACGUUGGCUCGGCCGAAGGACAUGCUGAAGACGAUUAGCCUAUCGGCGAUGACUUUGUUUCGCAAGAAAAAGACCAGCCGGCGAGGUGUACGACCGGAGGAGGAGGACGAUGAAGAAGAAAAAGAGUGGGGCCGUGUUGGCGUUUGGCAGAGGGGGAUCUUGAUGGGAGACAAAUGCCAGCCGUUGGAUUUCCCGGGUGUAAUUUACUACGAUAGUAACGGCAACAAGGUGAACGAGGCCCCUUUCCGUUCGCCACGUGCCAGCCCUUUGCCCGGUUACCUUCUUAGGAAGCCUGAAGCCUGAAACCUGAAACGCUCCCAAACAGUGAAUUUAAGCUCUCUCUUCUUUUUUUUUUUUUGGCACCUUAUGAAUAUGAAUAAUGCAUGUCUAUGAGCUUAAAAUUUAGGGCAUUUUAGUCACCAUCUCGAUGGCCACAGGAUCCAUAAAGGAUGUUCUUUGAUGUUAUCGAAAAAGUACAGGAGAAUUGUCUAUUUCCAUCUCCGUUGCAUA